AUGGGACGAGCAGGAUUUCAGCAUGUACGGAAAUUAAUUUUAGAGAUUGUUGAUAAGCUAAAUGUUGAAGCGAAAAGCUACAGAAUUGGACUUGCUCAGUUCAGUGGGGAUGCACGCACUGAAUUCUUACUGAAUAAGUUUCAGACAAAAGCGGAGGUGAUGAAUUAUUUACAAAGUAAGUAUGCCUUCAAGGGUGGAGCAGCACUGAGAACAGGGCGUGCCAUGAAUUUUUUACACAAAGAAUUCUUCACACGAUCUGCUGGAAGUCGAAAGGAUGAUGGUGUUCCCCAGUUUGCAAUCAUAAUUACUGCUGCCAGAUCACAAGAUGAUGUUCGAACAGCUGCCAAAGCUUUAAAAAGUGAUAAUGUGCAAGUUAUUUCUGUUGGCAUAGGGACGGGAGCCCGAGCGGAUCUGAUAACAAUGGCCUUUCUUCCAACCAGUCAAUUUGUAGUACAGGUCAAUGACUUUAAUGAACUUCUGCAGUCUGCCAAAGCACUGUCCACUACAAUCAAAGCAAUAACACAGAAAACAAGUGUGGUGGAGGAAAUCAAAGCACCACCAGUGUGCCAGACUGCUUCACUUGCUGAUAUUGCAUUUCUUGUGGAUGGAUCAGACAAAAUUGGAGCAACAAACUUUCAACUGAUCAAAGAGUUCCUAACUAAUUUUAUCAAGGUGCUUGGAAUUGGUUCUGAACAAGUGCGAGUUGGUAUGGUUCAGUACAGUACUCUCCCAAGAGCAGAGUUUUACUUUACAAGAUUUCAAAACAAGAAAGAUGUUCUCGAACACAUUGCAAAUUUACCUUACAGGGGAGGAAAGACAAAUACAGGGGCUGCUAUUAACUUUCUAAAAAAUAACUACUUUGAGCUAAGAGCCAGAGGUAGGAAUACAAACGGGAUUCCUCAAAUUGCGAUUGUGAUUACUGAUGGAAACUCUGACGAUGAUGUCAAAAGACCAGCUGCUGCCCUUCGACGCCUUGGUGUUACUGUGUAUGCCUUAGGAACAGAAAACACCAAUUUCAGAGAACUAGCCAGUAUUGCCUCAUAUCCUCCAGAAACUCAUGUUUCAGUGAAAGGAAGUUUUGCAGAGUUAUCAGAAAUAACUCCUAAAACAAAUAUCCCAAAGAAAAUUUGCAUUGAAGUUGUCCAUGAUAUUGAUCUAAGACCUGGAAAAAUAGAUCAAAUUGUGCAAGGCUGCACUGAAACUGAUGAAGCUGAUAUCUAUUUCCUGGUUGAUGGAUCAGGUAACAAACAACCUGACGAUUUCAGAGACAUGAAAAAUUUCAUGAUUGACAUUGUAAAUGUAUUCCGCAUUGGCAAAGACAAAGUACGGAUUGGCUUUGUCCAAUAUGGAUCUACUAUACGGAAAGAAUUUGACAUCGCUAAAUAUACAACUGAAAAUGAAAUAAAAGCUGCAAUUGAAAAAAUCAAUUUGAUUAAAGGAAGUGUGUCAAAGGCAGCUCAGGCACUGAGAUAUAUGAAGGACCUCUUCAACGAAGCAGAUAAAAGUCGUAUAUAUCGGGUGCGCCGCUUCCUGAUUACCAUCACAGAUGAAAAGGCACAAGACGAUGUUUCAAUGCCUGCUGCAGAAUUAAGGCAGAGGGGAAUCGAGAUUUAUGCUGUUGGUGUGGGAAAAGCUGAACAAACUCAACUUCAACAGAUCGCAGGAACACCUGAAAGGGCUUUUCACACUGAAAACUUUGACGCUUUGAAAGAAGUAAAAUAUAGAGUUAUACAAGAUAUGUGUACAAAAGAAGGAUCGUCAGUGGAAGCCAAGCCACGCCUCUUUUUUACAGCACUAGCUGCCAUAUUUUGCCUGGUGUGCGUCAACACGGUCUACAGUGGAGUUAACAACAUUGCGAACCCUCCAAAAGUCUUUGAACAAACCUGCAGUAAACUGGAAGUGGCAGACAUGAUUUUCGUAGUCGAUGGAUCAAGUAGUAUAUUUCCUUCAGACUUUGAAAAAGUAAAAAAAUUUAUAGAAAUCUUAGUCAACAAAACUGAGGUUGGUAAAACCAGAGUCCAAUAUGGCGUAAUAAAGUUUAGCACAUAUGUAACUUUGGAAUUCCAGCUUGAUCAAUAUGAUGACAAAGCAGAACUACUGAAUGCUGUUAAUAGGAUUCAGCAGAUUGGUGGUGAUACAAAUAUAGGCGCAGCACUGAAGUUUACAAUUGACUACUUUAAUAGCUCAAAAGGGGGCCGACCUGGAGAACGACAAUACCUUAUCGUGAUUACAGAUGGAGCAGCAAGCGACCAUUUUCCUGAAGCUGCCAAAGCCAUCAGAGAUAAAAACAUUAACAUUUUAGCCAUUGGUAUUAUCAAUGCUAAUAAUGAUGAGCUUACAGAGAUUGCAGGAUCCAUAGAUAAUGUUUAUCAUGUUGACAGCUUUGAUGCACUAAAGGACUUGGAAAAAAUGAUUUCAUUUGAAGUGUGCAGUCCAAUUGAUGAAUGCAAGAGAAUUGAAGUCGCAGACAUUGUAUUUGUUUUGGAUGGGUCAGACGGCAUAAACACAGCUCAGUUUAAUAGUAUGAAGGAUUUUAUGAUGGCAAUGGUGAACCGUUCUGAAGUUGACAGGGAUAAUGUUCGAUUUGGCGCCAUUGUGUAUGGAAACAAUGCACAGACGAUAUUCCAGCUUGAUCAUUUCACGAGCAAAGCUGAAAUCAGAGAUGCAGUUUUAGGGCUACGGAAGGAGACGCGUGGAUCUAGGAACACAGUAAAGGCUCUGGAACAUGCAAACAAACUCCUAACUGCAGAACAUGGUGGUCGACCGCAAAGCAAAUCCAAUGUGCCACAGAUGGUUAUUUUCAUUACUAAUGGACCAGUCACUGAUUCAAGUGACAUACCAUCCAUAGCUAAUACCUUCAAAACCAAUAAUGUUGAAGUUUAUGCCAUUGGUGUAAAAGGUGCCAACAAACAACAACUUAUGGCGAUUACAGGAUCAGAGGCUGCUUACUAUGCUGCUGAGGAUUUUAAUUAUUUGAACACUUUAUCCAAGAUAAUCUCCAGCUGGCUGUGUAAAGAAACUAGGCCAGAAUGUAAACUUAAGAAAGCAGACAUUGUUUUCCUUAUGGAUGGCUCGAAAAUAGUAACAAGCAACGAAUUCCAGUUGAUGAAGGAAGGCUUGAUAGAUUUUGUCAAGUUGUUUAAUGUUGGUCCAGAUCACUUCCAGUUUGCUUUGGUCCAGUAUGGUGCAACUCAACGUUAUGAAUUCAACUUGACUCAGUCUGGUUCACAGGAUAUGCUAAGAAAAAACAUUGAUCGUAUCACCAAGUUGGGUGGAGGAGCUGCCACCGGGGCAGCACUGAAAUUUGUGAAUGGACUCUUUCAGCAAUUAGAGGGAAGCCGAAGAAAUGAACAAGUGCCCCAAUACCUUUUAGUGAUUACAAGUGGGUCAUCUGUUGACAAUGUGGUUCCAGCAGCUGCUGAGUUGAGGAAACAGGAUAUUGAAAUAUUUGCAUUGGGUAUUAAACACAUAAAAAGUCGUGAACUCCUGCAAAUCACUGGAUCGGCAAUGAGAAAACUUUUUAUUAAAGAUAUUAAAGAUUUAAGCAAAGUUAAAAGAAGAAUUGUUCGUGGCAUUUGCACUCCUUCUGUUCCAAAAGAUGAUCCAGUGUGUACGAUAGACAUUGCUGUGGGAUUUGAUUUCUCAAGAAGGACCGGAUCAGAGAACAUAUUUGCGAGCCAACAAAAGCUGCAGGCAAAACUUCAUCCAAUAUUACAGAAAAUUGUUUCCAUACAAAACAUCAGCUGUAUUUCUGCUGCCCAGCUAAAUAUCAGAGUGGGUUACCAUGUAAGAAGCAGCACUGGCCAAUCUAUCUUUGAAACUGAAUUUGAAGGAUACAACCCAGAAAUUUUAGAUAAACUGUUGGCAAUUCAAUCAAAUGCCAAAAUUAAUCUGAAUGCUGAUAAUUUAAAAUCAUUUCUUGGCGUAUUCAGUGCGUCAAAAGCAAGUUCAAAGGUGAUACUGUUAUUCACGGAUGGAUUGGAUGACACUGAAACGAGGCUUAAACAAAGCUCAAAAGAACUCAGUGAUAAAGGAGUCCAAAGGCUCAUUACGGUGGCUCUGGAAGAUGCUGUGAAUGUUGAUGAGAUUCUUCACAUUGAGUUUGGAAGCGGACUUGGAUACAAACAACAGCUAACAAUUGAAAUGGACGAUAUUGGACAAGCUUUGCUUCAACAAAUAAAUGCAGCUUUGGAAACAAAAUGUUGUAAAGUCGUUUGCACAUGCUUUGGAGAACCAGGUGUGAUCGGUCUGCAAGGGAGCAAAGGACUGAAGGGACAAUCAGGUGUAAAGGGAUUUCAAGGCUACCCAGGGGAAGAAGGAGGAGCAGGUGAGAGAGGCCCACCUGGAUAUAACGGUACACUUGGAGAUGAUGGAUGUCCAGGUCCCAGGGGCUUCACGGGAAGAAGAGGUUAUCGAGGACAGAAGGGUAAUGAUGGAGACUUUGGUAUCAAUGGAAUAAUUGGAGAGCAGGGAGCUUAUGGAAUUUCUGGACCUUCCGGUGAAAACGGCAUUAGUGGAAAACCGGGUACAAAAGGCCGAAAAGGUUUUUCAGGUGAUCGUGGAGAGACUGGGUCCCGAGGAGAUCCUGGUGAACCUGGCACCAGCAACAUUGUUCAAGGACCAAAGGGUGAUACAGGGAACCCUGGUCAAGUGGGUGAUACAGGAAGAAGUGGUAAUCCAGGAAAACGUGGUGAUAUCGGAAACCUCGGUGCAGAUGGUGAGAGAGGACAACUGGGUCCACAGGGGGCUAAAGGAAGAGACGGUGUUGAAGGACCCCAAGGAGAUCCAGGAAUCCGAGGCCAACAGGGGACAUCUGGUGUUUCUGGUACUCCAGGUCGAAAAGGAGAACAGGGAGCUCGAGGCCGGCAGGGUCCAUCUGGAGAGUCUGGUCCUCUGGGAAUAAAUGGUGAACUUGGUCAUAAAGGGAAAACUGGCCAGCCUGGAAAUCCUGGAGAAAAAGGCGUGAGAGGAAUAGAGGGACCUCGUGGGAUAACGGGUACAGAUGGCAAAAAUAGAUUUGGUCCCAAAGGAAUAAAAGGCAAAAAGGAGCUAGACAAGCAUUCAGAGGAGCAGGUGUCAAGAUUUGUCAUGGUGCUCUGCAAGCUGCACCAUGUCAUCAUUGAGGGGACAGCCCUUGUUACCAGUUACUCAUUCAGAUUCCUGGUGGAAGCUGUCUGUUCUGCAAUGGAAACUGAGACAUCGACCAUCGGAUACUGUAUCAUGAUUGGGUCCAGAAGUGUGUUGACGGAGUUGGUCACCACUUCCAUGCUGGAAAAGAUGGGCUCUAAGCUUUACACAAAGCUCUUUGCCAAGUUGGUGCCAGCCUCUUCCAUGCUCAACAUAAUGAUUGCAGGUUCCCAAUGCAUCAAGUGUUUCAUUGCACACGUUGUUCUUGUGGCACUUUUGCCCGAUGAAUCGACAUGUGCAAAUCUUGCCACUAUACCAUCUUCUAAAUUACAAGCAGUGUCUCUAUCUGAGUUGGUGGCUGCACAUGCGAAAUCAAGUGAUGGUGUUUCUUUGUCAUCACUGUCUCUUGAUGUUCCUCCUGACCAGGUCAUCCUGCACUUCUUAGGUAUCCGAAAGGAGAAUGGCAAAAGGGGAGGACGAGGAACUCCUGGAAAUGCUGGUCCACAGGGAAAGGAUGGAGAACCUGGAUUUCCUGGUAAUGAAGGACUAAAAGGAAUAAGGGGUCGCAGGGGUACUUCUGGCCAUCUUGGUGAUCCUGGUGAUGCAGGCAUGAAUGGAUAUCCUGGAGAAAGGGGCCAGAAAGGACCACCAGGCUCUGCAUUGGAAACGUCUUGUGGCCUUGUAGCAUAUAUACGCAGGAGCUGCCCUUGUUGUUCACAAAGAAGUGGAGGGUGUCCUGCAUACCCCACGGAGCUGGUGUUUGCUUUGGACUCAUCUGCAGAUGUCACACCACCUAUAUUUGAAAGGAUGAAGAGAAUUGUAAUUAGUUUUGUGGAGGAUAUUAACAUCGCUGAAAGCAAUUGCCCCACUGGUGCUCGAGUGGCAAUUCUUACAUACACUAACGCAGCGAAGCCUUUCAUUCGAUUUUCAGCUUUUAAGAAAAAACACUUACUUCUGAAAGAAAUAGAGAGACUCACACAAGAACAGUCAACUAACAAGCGGAAUAUUGGUGUUAGUAUGCAAUUUGUUGCAAGAAAUACUUUUAAGCGAAUUCGUAAUGGUGUCCUUGUGAAGAAAGUAGCUGUGUUUAUCACUAAUGGAGAAUCCCAAGACACUGAGGCCAUAGUUGCAGCUGCCACUCAAUUCAGUGCUUUAGGUAUCACUCCUGUCAUCAUCUCCUUUAAGAACAUCCCGGAAGUCAAACGAGCUUUUCAGAAUGCAGUGGUUGUUUUGCCAAGACAGCAGCCACGAUCCCAAGAGCUGUUACGCCAAAUCUAUUUAUGCUCACUGUGCUACGAUGAAUGUAGCCCUGAAGACCUAUGUCCAAAACCCAUUACCCUACUUCCUAUUCCAGUAAACCUGGACUUAGCUUUCAUUGUUGAUGACUUAGAGCAAAUGGAAACUGCAAAAUCUGAGACAGUUCAACAUUUCUUAAACUCGAUGCUUAACCAGUUUAUAAGUUCUACAGAACCAAAAGCCUCUGACCUUCAACCCCGGGUGGCUCUGGUACAACACACAUCAAAUUCCGCACCAGGUUAUGGGAAAGGUCCAUUUAACCUGGAGUUUGGAGUUUUGGAUUACACUGCAAAAACACUGAAGAAGAGACACAUCCAAGACUCAUUCUUUCAAUUAGAGGACUUCUCUGGCAUCGGCAGUACCAUUGAAUGGAGCUUGAAGAAUUUCUUCCCAAGUCUCACAAAUCAGCACAUUUACAAGGUUAUCUUUACAAUAUUCUCAGGGAGAACAAUCAUUGAUGAGAAGAGAUUACUGGAAAUAUCACGAGAAGCCAAAUGUAAAGGUUUUGCAAUGUUUGCACUGGCCCUUGGGGAGGUAACUAAUGUCACAGUCCUGGAGGAGUUUGUCAGUUUUCCUUUUGAUCAACAUUUAGUUCAACUAGACAGAGUUCUGGAGCCUGAAAUGGAAUAUGCACAAAAGUUUUCAGUGGCUUUCCUGAAAAACCUGGCAACUGGAAUCAACAACUAUCCACCUCCAUCUCUAAAGAGGGAAUGCGUAGGAAUAAAUUCUCACAACACAACAGAACCAGAAACAUUUCCUGAUGUGCCCAUGAAUAUUAUGCAAGAUUUUGAAGAACAGAAAGAUGACACCAAUAUUUAUGACGAAUGUGCACUGAAUCUCAAUGAAGGGGACUGUUCCAACUACAGCUUAAAAUGGUUCUUUGAUAAAACAUUACAGGUCUGCAAAAGGUUCUGGUAUGGUGGCUGUGGAGGAAACAAAAACAGAUUUGAUACCCGCAGUGAAUGUGAAGCCUUAUGUCUAAGAUCUGCCUUCUAAAUACAAUGGUGCUGUUGAUUUCUGAUAAACUUGACACAAACAUAACAUUUCAGUGUACCACAGCAUUUCCUAUUUACAUAUAGAAUACCUCAUUUAUACCGAUACAUCAUGUUUAUACGUCCUAACGUUUCUUGAAUAAUAAUUAGGAAUUAGAACUAUCCCACUUCCACGGUGUCUCAACACAUGACCGCCCAGCAAUGGAUAAGUGCAUUUUUCUUCUGUGAAUGCUUUUUCAAAAAGGGAAUGGAGCAGAUAGAUGGCAGCGGCACUGAACAUCAAACGGGUUCCAAGAAUAUUUUUUAAGGUUACAAGUUUGUAAACAAUUAAAAUUAAAUUAAAACUUAACAGUGGUGAAAGGCAGCUUCACCUGCUUUUCCUCCUCUGGGCUAUGUGUACGACCUUAAGGAAUUCUAGAUGCAAUCUAAGCCUUGCACUCUAAAGUGCUGGAGGAAAUAUGAGCUCAGCAGCAGGACUGCUGAGGUUAGACCUUCCCACUGCUGCUGGAGAGCAUCAGUCAAAGAUCUUGAAUGUUUUCCAUUUCCCAGGAGAGGGGAAGGAUGAUAGAGAACAAUUCUCCACUUGUAUGUGAAAUUUUUUGGCCUGUCCUGAGAACAGUUCCUAGCACCAGUUUUUGACAGGUGACCAUCGUUGGGGCAUUUACCAUGAAAGAAUUCAUGAAAGAAUGAGGCAAUACACCAGGGAAAGUCCACUUUUACCUCAAUCAAAUAUUGAUGCCAAACCUGUAGGUAUAACAUAUGCAGGCCAAAUGAUACUACAGGAAAUUUCAAGGCUGUUCAGUGGAAAUAGAGACAGAAGAGCCCUUCACCCCAUUCUCUCCUGCUCUGCAUUCAGGGACUGCUGAUUCCCCAUAUGCUGGAUAAAGGAAAAUUAAUCCUAUUCUCUACUCAGGACAGAGUACCAUAAAUGCAAAAAGAAAUAGAAUAUAUGAUAAUGUGGAAAAUAGAUGGGCUGCUUUAUUUCCUGAUUUUAUCAAAUGAAUGAAAAAUAAUUGAUUAUGCUCAACUAGUCACCUCGCACUAAAGAAGCUCCAGACUGAUGUCUGAGCGAAGCCUGUCCUGGGAGGAUUGCCCCUAGUUGCAAGCAAAAAGGAAGGAUUUUAGCAUGAUCCAUAUUGAGAAGUUCAUAUUUGAAUGGCAUAUGUAAUGUAUUUGAGUACUACGGUUAUGCAGAUUGCAUGUAAAAUCCUUGCCCAAAUUAAAAUGCCCCAUGUUCUUGAUGGUGAUUGCAAUCCAUUGUCAUUUCAAUCUGCUGCCAUAUUUAAGUUUGAGACCAUUAUCUUCCAAAAAUUUAAUUUCUUUUGUGUAAAUUUUGUUUCUAUUAAUGAUUUAUUGGUUUUCAUGUACUGAAAUGCUUAAUUUAAUAUUAAAUGAGUAGUGGUGCAAAGA